AUGAGUCUCCCUCACCCGUAUAACGUCUCGGGAGGACCAGCAGGAAUAGAAACACCUCCUCGACAGCGUCAGACCCCCAACCAGCCCCCAAACCUCCUCACGACAAGUCUGGGAAAUGCACGCAACGCUGGUCUUGGUCUUGGACUUGGAGGAGUGGUACAGACACCCAUCUCCAGCACUACUCUGAGUAGCCCAUUCUCUGCAUAUCCAUCUCCAGGUGGAGCCAUGAGAGGAGCAUCGCCCACGGCCUCCCGGUCCGCUUCUGGCUUCAGUGGUCACUACAAUCCUCAACAAUGGGGUGCGGUGAACAGCGUCAACAUCUCCCCCAAUUCAAUGUCAAUGGCAGGAGAGCACAGGCAGACAAGUCAAUCAUCGAGGACAGCGCACCUAGCUCCCCGUCUUGUGGGACCUGAUGGUAAGGGUGACUCCUAUCUGGCCAGGACCCAACUGAUGAAGACCGGUAUAGAACCAGUCGCUUCUCCACCACCACCGUAUUCACCUCGUCGAGAUCAACAACCUCAGGACUCACCACGCCGCACUUCAGAUAUUAUCUCUCCUACCGAUACUACAUCACCUGACACCGAAUCCUCACGUUACGGUACGCCAGUGAGCGCCGCUACAACCUUGUCGCCGGACCUUGUCCCACGAUUUCCUGGGGGUCGGUCUCCUUUGAUCUGCCAACACACAUCUCCAAAUCAGUCUCCAAACGCUGCAUCGGCGCCUUCAUUUCCUCCUCCUCCAGGACCAGGGCAGCGGAUACGCGCAGGUUCCAAGAACCAUGCAGAUCGUCUACUCUCUUCAUUGACCUUGAGAGGAAAAGCCUCGAAAGUAUCAUUGGCCGGUGAUGCUAUUGAUGCACUGCAGGAUCAUACAGCUCAAAUGCUUGCUCAAGCAUCCUCAGCUAAACACAACGAUCCAAUGGUACACCCACCAGCAGCUAGAAGGGCUGCAUCUACAGGUGGAAUAGGCCUAGCUGGGGGAUCGUCGCGCUCCAGCAGUCAUUCACCUAGUCCAGUCACCUGGGAGCCGAAUAUGCCCCUGCCACCGCCUCCACCAGGGCCUCCCCCAACAUCUGCGCGUUCACAAAGUCUAAAUCGACCUAUGGAAAGCCCGUCUUCCGGAUUGGUACCCACGCUUCCAUUCCGGUCCAGACGUCCGCCUGGCACAGGAACUAGCCUUGAUACGGUACCACCGACUCCAGCGGACUGGAGGGAUGAAGAUGGCACAAAUGAUCAGGCACCCCGUUCGCAUGGGCCAUCGCCGUUGCAUAUAGAUACUGGUAGUGUACUACAAAAGAGACGGUUGGGGACUGAUUAUCCAUUGACUGCCACCGCUGGGGCCUUAGCCCACCCACGGAGAGACUCCUCAGCCGGAGGGUUGUUUCGUAGCCCUGCAGUCAGAAAUCGUAGUGCGAUGGGUAUCCGAGAGCGGCGCAGUGAGAGCAGAAAUGGCAAGGGUAGAGCUGUGGAGGAUUCCGCUGUCGAACCUUCAAGCAGUGUGGCUCCAUGGGCAGACGGUCUCGAUGUGAGACCAACCAAUCUGGUUCUGUCAGCUUCUCAAAUGGAUGCCUCGAAGCAAAGGAUGACCGCAAGGUCUACUCCUAAGAGCGGUAAGAGUAUGCAGAGUCUGGAUGGCGCAUUGAACAGCCCGGAAAUCCAAAAAUCCUCUGGUAAAGCUGUGUCGUUCGUCUCGUCGUGUAACACGCCACAGCCAGGAUCUAGCCGGUCACAGCACUUCUCAGGCACUUUGAUCUCUACGCCUCUUUUCCCCCCCGGCAGAGAGACUCUAGACCGAUCCACCUCAGCUGUCGCAUCGCCUUCUUUACCGCUGCAAACGUUCUCAGUAUCGCCCCCUAAACGACUGAGUGGUCCUUCCAAAGCAUUGUCUUUGAUUGUGCCGCCUGGGCCUGAACAGCGUCCUGUGUCUCAUAUUCUUCACACGCCAAACCUCGAUGACUCCAUGCAAGUUCCUCUGACCCCAUCGACUAAGGCAGCUCAAGAACCACUAGAAGACCUCCUAGGCCCUGAAAGCCCGAAACUCUUUGCUGGACGAGCCAUUGAACGACAUCGAAAUUUUGCAGAACGUGAAGCAGCAGCUGCCAAUGACUCUGAGAGGCUCGAUCUCUUUGUCCAUUUCAUGAAAGCUGAGUCGAGGAUACGGCGAGAGCAGUACGCCUCUGUUUUCGAAGAAGACGGCAUAGAGGUUGAUGAGUUGACACAAGGCCUCUUCGGGCAUUCCAGCACUGAUAAAUGCCUUCACGAUCGGCAUCAAAGUCUAUCAAGGCAGAAUAUGUCGAAGCGGACAAGCAUUGCAUCUAGUGCUUUGGGAGACUCCUCCUCACAAGAUGAUUCCUCCGCCGUCAGUCGGAAGCACGAGUCUCCCAGUAGCGCCACCACGAACAGCAGCACUCAGCAGCGGCCAGAGAGUGCCUAUUGGAAAGACUAUGUACCAUGUCUUUCGCCUAUAGCAAGUAUGAGUAUUGUGACUGGGCAAGAUGAAGAUUCAAGGGGCAGAGCUGCUAGCCGUUGGUUCGAAGAUCAUUCUCAUCCCGGCGAUGGCCCACUGGGUGAAGCUUUCAGGGUUCUCGAAAGGUCAAAACGCGAAUCUAAGUAUAUGGGGGUCCCUCAAGAAACACGCAACCCACCAGCAUUUUAUGGAAAUCUAACUUCCGUAUCAACAGGGGGCGGGCAAUGGCAGCCCUCAGGAGCGAGUCGACAGCCUUCAUAUGGUCCAAACCAGUACCCCCCAGAAAAGACUGGUUUGCAUGAAGAAGAUUCCUCUUUACCUCCACCACCUUUCCUUCCCCCAAUACCCUCGUCUGCACCAAUCACUCCUGACCCGAGAAGACUAGACAUCUCGCGGCUUGUGACACUCCCCCCACCGUAUCCGCGACAUCACCCAGCAGUCAACAACAGUCACCCAGAUCUAGCAGACGUACGGGGCGUGGUUCGAUCACUUCACGAGAAAGAGGAAGCAGAAACUAUUACAAGUUCUUACCGCACGCAAGUCCUCGGAAAAAGGCAACGAGCCGAAUCAUGGUGCAAGCAUCAACACUCACUGCACAGACAGGAUAUCGAGUUCCGCAUUGAGCACGGCGAAAUCUCUCAAGAGGACUUCGAUGAUGCUGAGAAUGAGCUAAAGGAGAAGAUUGCAAGUUCCGAAAAAGAGAUCAUUCAAAUAGAUUUCGACCUUUACCAGCACAUUGUCCUCACACCGCUGCAUGCACUCUUCUCAGACCGCAUCAAACUAGCCGAUGCCUCCCUUGACAAGCUCAGCAGCCGCCUCUUCUCGGAUUCACAGUCGCAGAACCCGAACCUGCCUCAAGAAGAAGGCGAUUUUCAGCCCGAAUUGCUGGAGAAACUAACCCAGCUAAAAUGGCUCUUUGAAGCCCGCGAGACUUUGCAUCGGCAAAUCUAUGAUCUCCUAAGCGAACGUAAUGAUAGAUAUAAAGCUAUCGUACUCUUGCCCUACAAACAAUCCCAGAACCGGGAGAAGCAUGUCGAAGCCGAAUUCUUCUUUGCAAAAGACGCGCAAGAACGCAGAUCCACAUUUCAACAAGCCGUUUGCAAGCGUGCUCAAGCUUUCCAGUCUGUCAUAGAGAACAAUGUGAGCCGUGGCGUCGAACUCCAGCUUUCCGCUUUCUGGGAUAUUGCCCCCUCGCUCCUCGAAGUCCUGCAUAAAGUGCCCUUGCAACUGGACGGCUUCGAGGUCCAGAUCCCAGCGGACGAAUAUGCCGAAAACCCAUCCUACUACGACCAUCCACUUCAAUAUCUCUACUCACUCCUCGGCCACGCGGAAAAAUCGACAUAUCAGUUCAUCGAAUCCCAGAUCAAUCUCCUCUGCCUCCUCCAUGAGAUACGUUCUCACGCUUUAGCGGCUAGAUGUAAGGUCGAGGCGCAGGGCAAGGAUGCGAGCUGGGCAGCGGAGGAGGAACAGAGAAGGGAGGAGACGAGGUUGACGGAGGAUUUGAAGGAAAAGGUUGGGGUUGUAGAAGGCCAGUGGGAAGAGGCGUUGGGAAGUGAGCUUAAGGAAGUUAGGGAGAGGGUUCGAGGAGCGUUGUUGGAGGAAGGGGGGUGGGAUGAUGAGGGGGACGAGGUUUAG